AUGAAUGGCAUCAAAAUUCAAGGGAUGGAUGACCCAUCCAAGGUCGUCAAGGUUUUGGCCUCUGACGGAAAGACUGGAAAGCAGCUUGAGAUCGGUUACACCAACUGCCGUGUCAUCGGCAACGGCAGUUUCGGUGUAGUGUUCCAGGCCCGUCUUGUGCGGUACAACCCUGAUGGCACAGAAGUUCCUGCGUCGGAAGUCACAGAUGGUAGUGACAGCAUUGCCAUCAAGAAAGUAUUGCAAGAUAAACGCUUCAAGAAUCGUGAACUUCAGAUCAUGCGCGUUCUGAGCCACCCCAAUGUUGUGGACCUUCGUGCGUACUUCUACACCAAUGGUGAUAAGCAAGACGAAGUGUUCCUAAACUUGGUGCUGGAGUACGUGCCCGAAACUGUGUACCGCGCUACUCGGCAUUAUACCAAAGUGAAGCAGACAAUGCCGAUGCUUCUUGUGAAACUAUACAUGUAUCAAAUUCUGCGCAGCCUGGCCUAUAUCCACUCCCUAGGUAUUUGCCACCGCGAUAUCAAACCCCAAAACCUCCUUUUGGACCCUCGCACUGGUGUUUUGAAGCUGUGUGACUUUGGUUCUGCCAAGAUCCUCGUACCUGGCGAACCGAAUGUCAGUUAUAUCUGCUCGCGCUACUAUCGUGCGCCUGAGCUUAUUUUCGGUGCUACCAACUACACCACCAAUAUUGAUAUCUGGUCCACGGGCUGUGUCAUGGCUGAAUUGAUGCAGGGUCUGCCAUUAUUCCCGGGUGAAAGUGGUAUUGACCAGCUGGUUGAGAUCAUCAAGGUUCUGGGAACCCCCUCGCGUGAGCAAAUCAAGACAAUGAACCCUAACUACAUGGAACACAAGUUCCCACAAAUUCGUCCCCAUCCUUUCCCGAAGAUUUUCAGGCCACGCACCCCUGCUGAUGCAAUUGAUCUGAUUACCAACUUACUUCAAUACACUCCGCAUGCUCGCCUAACAGCUGUGGAAGCCCUGUGCCACCCCUUCUUUGACGAAUUGAGGGACGAAGACGUGAUUUUGUCAAAUGGACGUCCCAUGCCUGAUCUCUUCAACUUUACUCGCGAGGAAUUAUCGAUUCGCCCGGAUCUCAUCAAGCAUCUUGUUCCUCCUAGGGCUGAGGAGGCAUUGAAGCAGCGUGGUAUUGAUGUCCACAACUUCGAGCCCAUCCCCGCCGAAGACUUGAGGGUUUCCCUUGAGUAA